AUGAAGGCGGAGCUGGGCCGAACGCAGUCCAAGGAGGGAGACGGCGGGGGGACCUACAAGGGUUCCGUUGACAUGAAGGCGGAGCUGGGCCGAACGCAGUCCAAGGUAAUGUUGUGGAGAAGAUCCGCGAGAUCGCGGUGGUCUUGGGUCCCCGCGGAAAACGACGAGGACGUCCUCGACGACCUCCACUCCGCCACGGCCAUGAUGCCCGCCGACAGCUCCCAGCUCACCCCCCCCCUCGAGGAAGCAGAAGAACCUGACCAAGCGGUGGAGGACGUGGUAGCCGGAGAGGAGAUGGACUCCCUUACGAACGGCAUCGGGGCGGUGGCGUUUGAAGGGGACGAGGCUGGCGGGGGUGAUAAGCCGCCACCGCCGCCUCCCGACUACGAGGAGCUUCUGCCGCCAGCGCCGGUGAACGGCGAGGGUAGUGCUGCUGCUGUUGAGGGCGACAGGGGCGACGCAGUCGACAAGGUUGCAGAGAGGGGGGUGACGAACCCGGACGGGAGCGAUGCGCACGUGGAGAAGGCCGCCGCCGCUAGUGCCGCGCCCGUAUCGGCCUGA